UAAGUUAAAUAUCUUACAUAUCGGAAAAUAUUUGUAAUGUUGUACUUGUUGUUCACGAAAUUCAUGCUAAUGUUGGGUUUUUGAGCAAGCGCUCAGUGUUGAUCCGAGCGUUCUGACCUCAAAAAGGGUGCGUUCGUAAAUUCGCUCUGGCUAUCUACUCCGAAUUCAGAGCACUCUCGCCUGAGUGUGCAUGAACGCAGAAUAACUGAUGAAUUUACGAACAUACCAAAGGCAGUCAAGCGCCCAAUGUAACUGGUUGGAUAGCCUGCUAGUUUUUUUGGGGGGGUUGAUAGCUUGCGAACGUAAAUUACUUCCAGACAUUGAGAACACUUCACUCUGACAAUGUUGCUCGUCAUAGCAGAACUAGUUAGGCUGUGUUCAUGUUAUCUAGAGCGUUAGUGGCUGUAACUGUGUUGCUAGCAACAAUUUAAUUCCGUUUUUGUCAACCUUUACUGACACAUGUCAUAUUCAAAGGAUGUUUUGCGUUCGUAAAUUCAUCAGUUAAUCUGUGCUCUGGCAGAUACGAUUCCAAUGUAGUUUCCCCAUCUCCUCAAAGUAUCACUGCUAUAGCUACCAAUGUGAUCUAUUUGUACUUUUACUUCCGCAUCUAGAUCUUCUGAGCACAUAACCACAACUGCCACACUGGAUGUAGCUAGCUUGUCGUAGAUUUUACGAUUAUCAGGGUCAGUUAGCUACUAGAUAAUUGAAACAGUUACUGCUUAACUCAGGAAAUAGCUAGCUAUGUCCAAACCAAAGUUUGUUGUGUUUGACCUGGAUUAUACUCUUUGGCCCUUCUGGGUGAAUAGCUAUGUGGACCCACAAUUUCACAAAGACAAAGAGGGAGUGGUGUUGAAUGCAAGGAGGGAGAAAAUCCAACUGUUCCCCGAAACAGUGGACAUAUUGACUUCUCUACAUGGCCAAGGGAUCCAGAUUGGAGUGGCAUCACGCACAGAUGAGGUAGAUGGAGCCAAUCAGCUGUUGUCCCUCUUCAAUCUCAACCAAUACAUAUCCUUCAAGGAAAUAUACCCGGGGUCAAAGGUCCCUCACUUCAAAAAGCUCCAGGCAGACAGUGGAUUCAAAUUCAGUGAGAUGAUGUUCUUUGAUGACGAACACAGGAACAUCACAGCAGUCAGUCGACUAGGUGUGCACUGUGUUCUGGUCCCUGAACUCUGGUUUCUCUCUCAGGUGUGCACUGUGUUCUGGUCCCUGAACUCUGGUUUCUCUCUCAGGUGUGCACUGUGUUCUGGUCCCUGAACUCUGGUUUCUCUCUCAGGUGUGCACUGUGUUCUGGUCCCUGAAGGAGUGACUAUGAAAUUAGUCAAUGAAGCGCUUCUGCAGUUCUCCCAGGGUGCAAAAUGAGGACUUGAGGACAGAGUUGAUGCAAUACAUACAGUGCCUUGCAAAAGUAUUCAUCC